GUUCUCACAGAUUCGCAAUUCGCAGAAUUAUAUAUAUAAAUUAUUAUAUAUAGUGUGAAGAAUUUUGAGUAAUUUUCGCCGCUGAAGAUAUCGAAUCUUGUUUGUAGGAAUUCUCAGCAAGUGACAAAAGUGCAAGAUAUAUUUUCAAAAUGUCGAAGUGCGAGUGCUGGAAUAGUAAAUGUUGCCGGUUUAUGGAAAGAGUACCAUAUGCCACUGCAGCGUCCGCCAUUAUUAUUAUUAUUGGUGUUUCCGUAUUCUGUGUGUACGCCCUAAGAGCAGAAGACGGGACACAACAAUUAUUUAAUGACAAUGGUGUGGAUGAGAAUGACAACUACAAAGCUUCGUUGGAAUACUUAAGCAAAUGUGCGUAUGGGGUAACAGGUGGUACUGCUGGAAUGGCUGUCAUUUUAGUCGUUAUUGGAGUACUAACCACCGACGGCACUAGACUGCAAUUAUGUAGCCGAUAUCGUGUACGGAUGUGUGGCAGAGUCGCGUUGAUAUUUUUUUUUCUGAUCUACUACGCAUUAACCAUAGUGUGGUUUAUCCUGGCCUGUGGUAUCGUCGUACCCGUACUAUUCAGCAGUAUGUUACGAGUGUACUGCGGGAACGACUAUGAAACCGUGUUCAACAACACUACAAGUUGUCUCGAUCUAGCCCAAUAUGGUCUUGGAAAAGCAGACAAUGGCACUUUGUGUAACGAACGGUUGAUACAAUUUUGUAAGGAGGGUAUUGACAUAUGGGAGGACUAUACACUAUCGUGGGGAGGAGCUGCUCUCGUUGUUGUAGGACUAAUACACGCAUUGAUCUGUCUAGCGGCGAACUAUUCUCACGUAAAGGACACGACAAAGAGCGUGUCGAGGGAGUAUGAGCAGGUUCAUGACAGGACACCCGAUGGUGUCGAGUUGAAAGAUUACCCCUCAUAAUAACUUAAUGAGUUCAAAGCCAAUGAAGUAGCCCGGUCAUAUCGACACGAGGAGAAGAAAAUGGAAGAGGG